UGUAUCGCGAGGCCCAGGUGAGACAGUGUUUAAAAGGAUACAGCCAAGAACCCACACACACUUAGACAGAUUUUGAGCAGCACUCACACACCCGCGUCUACGUCCAUACACCUACAACUGGUGAGUCCACACCUCCAUGGAUUAACAUUUCACUUUCACCGGUUAUUUUACUUUUUAUUUUCAAUGUAAUUCAAAACGUUUUGUGUUCAUGUAGCCACCUACUGUAUUGGUAAUUUCCCCCAAUUAUUCAGUCUACCAAUUAUCUAGUCUUUGAAUGACUGACCUUUGACAUUUUUUUGCUGUAUUGUUGGCUGUAUUGUUUAUUGACCUUUUUGUCUUUAGAAGAAUUUCUCAUAGUAGGAACCAAAGAUGUGGAUUUUAUUCCAGUUAGCAGCCCUGACAGCAGUGGCUGCGACCCAGAGGGACUGUUCUCGGGGGGCCUGUUACCCCCCUAUGGGAGACCUGCUCCUCGGUAGGGACCGUCAGCUUCAUGCCUCCUCCACCUGCGGCCUUGCCGGCUCUGAGGUCUUUUGCACCUACUUUGGACAGUGGAGGAUAAAGUGCUGUACCUGUGACUCCAGGAAUCCAUCCAGUCAGUUAGCUCACACCAUCCAGAACAUUCUAUCCACCACUGGACCCAACAGGUGGUGGCAGGCCAGGAAAGAUGUGAGUCCGGUUACCCUACAGUUGGACCUACAGAACCUGUUUCAGCUGGACACCAUCAUUCUGACCUUCAAGGGUCCCCAUCCUAGUGCGCUGGUGGUGGAGAGGACGUUGGAUAAUGGUCAAACCUGGCAACCGUCCCACUACAUGGCCUCAGACUGUCGCUCGGCCUUCCCUGGCAUUGCCAUGACUAUGCCACGCUCUCUGGACCAGACCUACUGCUACACCCUACCCCCCGUCCCCGCUAACUCUUACCAGGACCAGACCAUUCAGUUCAGCCCCUUGCGUCAGUUCUCUAGCAUCAGCGUCCCCAAUGGGCAGAAGAUUCAAGAGGUGUCAGGAUUGACAGGCCUGCGGGUGAAGUUGACUGAGCUGGGUGCUAUUUCCCGCUUGCCCGGCCGCACCCCUUCGCUGUUUUAUGCCCUCAGAGAGAUGAGAGUGAUGGGCACCUGCCUCUGCCACGGCCAUGCCAACCGCUGUCUGCAGGAUACUACUGCCUACCAGCUACCUAGCACACAGGUUAGUGCUCAGUGUGAGUGCCAGCACAACACAGCAGGUGUAAACUGUGAGCGAUGUGCUGAUCUCUACAACGACCUGCCCUGGAGAUCUGCAGAGGAGGGAAACACACACACCUGCAAACGUUGUGAGUGUAACAACCACGCCCAGCGGUGCCGUUUCGACCCAUCUGUGUAUGAGGCGAGCGGAUGGAGGAGUGGGGGGGUGUGUGAGGGCUGUCAGCACCACACAACCGGGCCCAAAUGUGACCGCUGUGCCCCUGGAUACCAACCCAACCACCGGAGCAGCAUAGACCAGCCUGAUGCCUGCACACGCUGCCAUUGUAGUGCAGAGGGGGCAGAGAAUGGGGGUCGGUGUGAUGAUGUCACAGGGUCGUGUCGCUGCAAGAUGGGAUACUAUGGCCUGACCACCUCCAACCCUCUGGGCUGCACGAAGUGCUUGUGCAGUGCAGAGGGCUCCCUGUCCAGUGUGUGUGACCCUGUGAGCGGUCAGUGUCCCUGUCGACCUUACCACCAGGGGCUGACCUGUGAACUCUGUUCCCGUGGUUACUGGAACCCCUCCUCCUUCCGCGGCUGUGAGCCCUGUCGCUGUGACCCCACCAACUCCCAUGGUGACACCUGCGACCGGAAUACGGGUCAGUGUCAGUGCAGGUCAGGGUUCGGAGGUCGUACCUGUACAGAAUGCCCUGACAACACUUACGGAGACCCCCUCAUUGGCUGCAGACCGUGUCAGUGUGCUGCUGGAGGCAUGGUACCAGGAGGCUGUGAUAAGCGUACAGGGGCCUGCCGGUGCCGUAUUGGUGUCAUAGGUAUUCGUUGCGAUGCCUGUAGCCGUGGCCAUGUUUACUCCUUUCCUGACUGUGAAGUCUGCCCCUCCUGCUUCUUCUCUCUGGACUCCUACAUCCAGAACCUCACCCUGGGCCUAGAGAGACUCUCCACCAGAAUCCCCUCUCGUCCUGGCGGCUCAUUGCCCACCGGUCUCCGCAUCCAGGCCUUGGAGGCCACUCUCAUCCAGAUACGUGACUCUCUCCCACUCCCAACUCCCUCUACGGGACAAGUCAACGACGCCCUCUUUCAGCUACGCAGACUAAGGGACCAGUUAGAUCAGGUGGAUGGGGAUCUGUCACCCCAAGGCAGAGGCCUCGAGCUGGGCUCACAGCUGGACGAGUUGCAGGCUCUCCUGGGCGGCCUGGGUCUGCUGUACAACGCCAAGAGAGAUGCUCUCAGGAACCCUAUCAACUCCAACAAUGCAGGGGCCUUCUCUUCUAUAAAGAAUGCCUAUGACGAGUCCACGGAUGCGGCGAAGAUUGUGGAGGCUAGUGGGAAGACUGUAGAUCAAUCUUCAGCGGUCAGAGAGGAUUCUCUUGACCUCCAGAACCAGGUUCAACCAGCGAACACCAGAGACCUGGAGAAACUCAACCAGCAGCUGAACACCAAACCUGACCUCUCACCCACUGCCAAGCAGGUGUGUGGCAGUGUGCGCUCUUCCCCUUGUACCCCUGCCCAGUGUGAUGGUGAGCUGUGCCCUGCGGAGGGGGCGCCACCCUGUGGUCGUGGCGAGAGUUGCAUUGGGGCUCUGCCUCUGGGGACCCGAGCUGUGAGGGAUGCUGAGGAGGUAAAGGACAGACUGCAGCAGCUCAAUGGGAAGAUCACACAGGCUGCUGCACAGAUCCAGAAAACACAGGACACGGUCAAUAUGGUCAGACAGUCCACGGACGAUCUGGCCAAUCAGAUGAGGCGGGCCAGGGAUGACUUGGAGGCAGAUCUGCAGGAGACAAGAUACUUUGUUAAAGAGCUGAAGGACUUCCUGUCAGACCCUUCGUCAGACCCGACAGACAUCAGCACGGUGAGUGAAUGGAUCUUGAACGCAAAGCUGCCUCUCAGUCUGGCAGCUCUGAAGAGGAAGCUUCAGGAGAUCAGAGCCCUGGCGGCAGGACUCCCAGACAGCAAAGCAGUCCUGGACCAGGCUGGACCACAGCUCGACACCGCCCGGCGCCUGCUACAGGAGGCCCAGGACGCUAGGGAUGCUGGGCUGGGUGUGAAGGAUGAUGUUGACGGGCUGCUGGAUGGCUUCACCGCCGUGGAGGGCUCCCUCUCUGGCCUGAACGACAAAGUGCAGGACAGCCUGGACAUAGUGGAAGACAUCAGCAACAGUCUCACACAGACCAAGGCCCAGUUGACUCCCGCGGUGAAGGCUCUAGGGGAGGCGUCUACCCUGGCUGAGGGGAUGAAACCUCAGCUGGAGGGGCUCAAGGCGCUGGUGCGCUCUGGAGAUCUGCUGGCCCAGAAUGCUAAGGGAGAGGCCAAUAAGGCUAACAAGGAGGCAGAUGCUGCGACCAGGGACCUGGCGUCCCUGGAGAAGCAGCUGGAGCAGCUGCGUGCUGCAGAGAGGACCAGUGGUCAUGGCGAUGGGACGGGGACGACAGGUGAGCGUCUCCGGAAGCUGCAGGAGGAGGCUGGUUCUCUGGCCCAGGACACUGGAGACAUGAUGAAGGCACUAGCAGGUAAAGCAGACUCUCUGCAUAGACUACAGGAUGAGGUCCUACUGAAGUCCCAGAGGCUGACCGGUCUGGACGGCAAACUGCGGGACCUCCUGGCUGACAUGAGACAGAAGGUCAAGAUCCUCUCCACCUGCCAGGGCUGAGAGGUAAAAGGGCAGAGGUCAUCCUCAAAUAGCCUGUUCAUUUAGAUAGAGGAGCGAUGUUAUUUAUUUUGUCCCAUUUUGUAGAAUAAAUGUCCCAAUAAAUAUGUUUUUCAUGACAUUGAGUUUCCCUUAUUGUGUGGUUUUUAACUUUAUCCUACGACAUCCCAGUGACAUCAUUAGGCCUGUAAUUUCUGGGGCUGCAGCCCUGAAUGUUUUUGGUCCAGCCCGAACCUUUUGAUGGUAAAACACAUUUGGUUUAAGAUGGCACACGGAGAAAGAGAUGGUAUACGUUUUAUCCUAUUGGGGGGAGUGGGCAAAAAUAAAUAGACGUCAUUUGGGUAGGGUGUAGUCUUGGGUAGAUUUCGACUAUGCCAUGUUGUCUUCAGGAGAUUUUCUGUUUCGUUUCUUUCCUUCACAUUAGCUGACGUAAGAUAGUGGAACAAUUCCUAUUCCUUAUGAUGUGCUAUCAUGUUAUAGGAUAAUGAGUGUGUUUGUCAGCAAGAACAGUACUGUUAUUCCUCAUCAAUCUUUUAUUAUUACACUUCUUCCCAAUUUUGCUGGUGUAACUACUUAUUUGAAAUCUAAUAUGCCUAAAUUAGAAGAGACUUUCCAUGUUUGUCAGCAUUCAUGUGGGUAUAUACGCUAUGUCAUGGUCAUGUUGAUUGUAAGUCAUAAAAACGAGAAUAGCCAAUAUUGAAAUGCCUGUUACAUCAAUUAUUAUUAUAUGUAUUUUAGUAGUGUACACAAGCUGCUAGGCAGUGAUGGUAAGGGGACUCUCAAUAGCUCAUAAACGCAAACGAUCUUGCCCAUGUAUUGUAAGAUGACAAGAGUCUGCAACUAGUCAGCCCCACCACCUAUAGAUUUUUCUUGAUUGUGGGAUGACUUGAAGAAAUUAAUUGUUAUAGCAUAAACAUUUUCAAACCACCUGCACUUGGGAAACAUACCCCCCGCAGGAAUUUCUUUCUUCAAGCUGUAUUUUAAAGGGAUAGUUCACCCACGUUGUAGAAAAGGCUCUCAUUUGUAAUAUACUUUUUAGGGAACUGUCCCUUUAAUUACACUUUUUUUAGUUAACUUUGCCUUUAACUGCAGACACUUCUGAGCCAUCACAAUGUAUGUUAAUAUAGGCUUUUGGGCACUGGAUACCUCUAUACGUCUCUAUGCUUUUUAUUGUUUGGAUUUGUGUGUGUUUUGUAUUGUUGGUAUUGCUGCACUGCUUGAGCUAGAAAUCUGCGAUAACAUGUGUACACGACCAAUAACGUUUGAUUUGAUUUUGUUCUGAGCAACCAAUUCCCUUAUUAAAUACCUGAGUUCCCUUUGUCUUUAGUUCAGUACCAAAUAACUCAUGCCUCUUGAAAACUCUCCAGCGUUUAUCCCUUUUCGUUUCUGUUAUCUAUGCAUCCAAUACCCAACGUGAGUAACCUGCAACAUUGUUUCCAUUUAACUUUCUUGUUUCAUGUAUGAAUAUAUGAGCGUUUAAUAAGCUGUCGUAUCAGUAGUGGUAGACUGUUGAGUUGUUGCAGCAUGUUGCAUAUGGACAUGAAUAAUUCAGAUAUUUUGUAUAUCCUUCAGAGAGUGAUGAUACUGACAUGGAAAUAAUGGGUAUGAUAAUUAUGUUCAUGUUUAUUCUUUAUGAAAUUUCCUAACGCAAAUGUUUUGCUUUCUAUUUGUUUAUUUUUAGCACACAAGGUCAAUAAUGGAUUAUGAUUUAUUGGAGAAAAUAAACGGGAGCUGCAGCUCUCUAAACCGAAA